AGAAAUGCAAGCAUCUGUCCUUCCUCAGUUGACCUCCGGAACACGAUGCAAGCUCUGGCCAUUUUAUCGUUGUGCCUCUCGGUAGCAUUCGCCGUCCAAAGUCCCGACGUGGAUCCGCAAUCCAUCGACUGGAGCACGGUGCGGACACUCCGAGAAACGGACCGAUUCCGGGCCAAGUUCGGGUUGGCACCGCUGAGUGAUGACGAAAUUCGAUCCUCGCGUAUAUCGGGUGGAACUGUUGCCAGCCCAACGGACAUUCCCUGGGCAGCUGGGAUACUUAUAAACCAGGGAACAUCCAGUCAAAGCUUCUGCACUGGCGUUCUAAUCUCGGCGAAAUUCGUCCUUACUGCUGCGUCCUGCGUUUCAAGAGGAGACAUCGUGAGCGUUGCCUUGAACGCGGCCGACAUGAAUGCCAUUGGGACGCUGAUUCCGGUUACGACCAUUUUCCCACAUCCAAACUACAGUUGGCUGCUGAGGCGAGAUGAUAUUGCCAUGCUGACGCUUAGUCGCGAUGCACCUGUCGACGGGCUCACCGUUCGACCUGUGGAGCUGCCACGCCGAUCGGAUGUUGGAAAGACUUUCGUUGGCCAGACAGCGACCACGGCCGGUUGGGGUAACACUGGUAACCGGGAUAACGAACCGAUUCCCACCCAGCAUUUGCAGUUCGCAAUGGACAGUGUGACUUCGAACUUGGUUUGCCAAACUUCGCACGAUUGGGUUAGAAGUACGCACAUUUGUGUGGCGACUAACAAUGGUGGUGCUUGUAAUGGUGACGAAGGAGCUCCUGUGACUGUACUGGAAGCUGGUCGUGGCUACCUGAUUGGUAUUCAUUCGUUCCACUAUAGUGGCCUACGAGGAUGUGACCGCGGAAGGUCAACGGUCAACACCCGCGUUACAGAAUACCUCGAUUGGAUCGCUGAAAACUCUGAUGUGACCAUUCAACCGUAGGCUGUUUUGUCCUAAGUUGAUUGAUACAAAAAUGCCAAUAAAAUCUUGUUUGAUC